UCUGCGGAAUCAACAAGAGACCGAAGCAGCCGCGCAUCCGCGAGCUCCGGAGCCGACGGCGCUGGACAGGGCAGCUCUCCCCGAGCAGGAGGGACGCGACUGGGUUUUUUUUGUUUUGUUUGCCCCCCCCCUCUCUGCCCGUGCACCCGCCCGGCGCUCAGCGGGAGACGACGUUCGGUCGGUGUGCGGAAACAAGCGGAUAUCGCUGGGAUGGAGGGACCGAGUGAGCCGUUUUCGCCGUGAGACUGGCGCUAAUUUGGACGUCCUGAGCAGCAGGUGUACUGACGGAUAAAGCAGACUAAAGGCAAUCUCAGUGUUCAUGAAACUUUGCUACGAUUUACGUGCUGGGGUUGCCGUCCGCCAUGUUAAGGUAAAGCCCAGGUGCGCGGUGUUGACCAUGCUAAAGCGCCUGGACAAGAUCCGCUUCCGAGGCCCCAGGACGAGAGACGACUUCCCGGAUCUGGCCGAGUCGCCACCCGCCUCCGACAACGAAUGUAGCGACGACAUGCAGCUGAAGCCCAGAGCAGCUCUGCGAGACACAGAGGACCUCCUGCGAGACCCUGCUGGUUCGGGGUCUCCCACCAUGGCUGCGGCCAUCCAGGACUUCCAGAGGUCGGAGUCAGACCGACUCAAUGAAGUCAAAGGUCACCUGGAAAUUGCCUUAUUGGAGAAACAUUUCCUACAGGAGGAGCUGAGGAAGCUGCGGGAAGAGACCAAUGUGGACUCUCUGCGGCAGGAGCUGGAGAGAGAGCGAAGCAAGAGGCUAGACCUGGAGCAGAAGAUGAAUGAGGUGCUCAAGUCCAGGCUGGAGGACUCUCCGCCACAGCCUCCCCGGAAACAGCAGUCGCCCUCAAACAAUGGAACAGCAGAAAAACAGCAGAAGGAGGUCUGGAGUUCGCGGCUGCAGAAGUGGCUGUAUGAACGUUUCGGGGUUUACAUCGAAGACUUCCGCUUCCAGCCGGAGGAAAGUACGGUGGAGGCCGAGGAACCGCUAAGUGCUAAAAGGUUAACAGAAAAUAUGAGGCGACUCAAGCGAGGAGCCAGACCUGUCACCAACUUCUUAAGGAACCUCUCCGCCUUAUCUAAUUGGCACUCUGUGUACACCUCAGCUAUUGCCUUCAUUAUCUACAUGAAUGCUGCUUGGCAUGGCUGGGCCAUUCCCAUGUUACUCUUCCUGGCUAUCCUGCGCUUGUCCUUAAAUUACCUCAUCGCCAGAGGUUGGAGGAUCCAGUGGAGCAUUGUGCCUGAGGUCUCUGAACCCAUGGAGCCUCCAAAGGAAGACUUGACCGUAUCUGAGAAGUUCCAGCUUGUACUUGACGUUGCGCAAAAAGCACAGAACCUGUUCGGCAAGAUGGCAGACGUUUUGGAGAAGAUCAAGAACCUGUUCAUGUGGGUGCAGCCAGAGAGCACCCGGAAACUUUACAUCUGCCUGUGGGUGGCUUUCAUCACCUCCUGCGUCCUGCCAUACAAACUAAUGGGCUUCAUGAUUGGCCUGUACGCCGGUAUCAAGUUCUUCAUCAUAGACUUCCUGUUUAAGAGCUGUCCGAAGCUGCGGGACAAGUACGACACACCCUACAUCGUGUGGAACAGCCUUCCCACAGACCCUCAGCUCAAAGAGAGGACCAACGCUACUGUGUCCCGACGGGUUCAGCCGGUGGUUUCUCGGAGCAGCCUCGCCACCGUCCCAUGCGGGGUGAGCAGAGAGGAGGAGACAGGUCGCUCCCACAGCACCAAGAAGGGAGCCUUUCAUGAGAUCUUCAACCUGCAGGAGUCAGAGCGCCCUCUGGCGGUGUGUGAGAACGGCUGGAGGUGCUGCCUCAUAAACAGAGACAGGAAGAUGCCCACGGACUACAUCAGGAAUGGAGUGCUCUAUGUCACAGAGAAUUACCUGUGCUUUGAGAGCUCCAGCUCCAGAUCCAGCUCCUCCAAGAAGAAUAAAGUUAUCAAGCUGGUGGACAUCACUGACAUCCAGAAGUACAAAGUGCUGUCAGUCCUACCAGGAAGUGGGAUGGGUAUCUCUAUAGCCACUCCUUCCACUCAGAAGCCAUUGGUGUUUGGUGCCAUGAUCCACAGAGACGAGGCUUUCGAGGCCAUCUUUACCCAGUACAUGAAGAUCAUGACCACCACCAAGCCACCAGCCAGCGCAGAGCUCUAGACAGCCUGCAUCCCAGCAACACAUCUCCAUACUGGGGCUAAAGUCUAGGGAGAGUGGGCAUCCUGAAAUUCAACUGGACUGGAAGAAAGAAAAAGAAGAACACCACACUCCUCUGCUCUGCUCCUCCUCUUGUGAUGGGCAUCGGCUUCCUGAUCGAUGGUCGUCGGCCAGCUUUGAUUGGUGGAUUUCCUGUUUAGGUCACGCUGGAGGGGGUGUGCGGGCAUGUCAGCUACAUGUGUGCAUAGAUGGGAUUAGCUAUUAGUUACAACACACGUUUUGUGGGUGUCGGAUAAUGAACAAAAUCCGCCAACUGCUCGUGGGAGGAGUGAGGAUCCGUGUGGUUUUUAUCAAUCAGCAGAAGGCUGGCGAGGGGGCUGGUUCUCCUCUCCCACCCGACUGACUGGUUUCCUGACUCACUUGUUUCUGUGUUUGCAUGUGUGAGUGUGUGUGGGCCAAUUUUAAGCGCUUAAAUUGCGUCAAGUGGCUCUAUUUUUCUCUUUACCCCUCAGUCAGUGGAGUAACUUUUAUUGUGGUAGGACAACUUUCAAGAAGUGCACGUCCCGACUGUGAAACGGAUAUCACGGAACAACUAGAAGAUAAACAACAGGUUCUUUCAACUGCCAGACAUCUGUAGGAACAAAUCUGUAAGUUUUAGCUAGAAAUCAGUGCAAAAACAACCAUUAAUGUUGAAAUAUUUAAACCGUGACCCGGCUGAUCGGUGCCUCCUGGCAUAGCCCAACAAAAUUAUAGUGUGAGUGUGGUCAGUGUUUUUUUUUUUUUUUUUUUAAAUGUGCAUUAGCUGUGAAAAUGUCAGAUCACCAUUCGACUGACGCAAAGCCUUUAUGUUAGUUUACAUUGCUGCUGUCUGAUUUUUUUCCUCUUCUUUCUAGACCCACAGUUCAGCAGCGCCGGUGCGUUUUAGUCGUCUUUGUCUUUAACAAACAGAAAAUGUGCGCCGCCGCGUUCAGCAUCCGCUUCAGUGUUUGUAAAUGUGCGUAUGUGAAACGUGUAGGGUUUUUUUUUUUGUUUGUUUCCUUUCGAAAAAUGCCUUUCUUUUGAAAAAUGUCUUUGUAACAAACAGCCUUUGGGAUGAGUAACUGGCGGUCCUGGAGCUGCAGAGACGAGAGCACAAGCACUGUUAGAUGCUUCAAACACUGACUGCCAUUUGUAGCUGUGUCACAGCGGAGAACAUAGCCUCCCGUGUCAAGCUUCUCUUUUCAAGGCACAAUCUGUACAUACAGAGAGAGAUUUUUUUUUUCCAUCAGUGGUAUUCUCCCUGCACUUUAUUUGGAUGUUAACUGGAAUUCCUGACAUUUAUGUUGCAGUUACUUGACAUGCUCACUAGUUAAGCUGGAAUCUACGGUCAGUGUUAGCAAAUAGCUCCAAAGCCGCCCGUCACGUCCUGUGGUGUUUCUCUUUCGUCUGACCACGUGAGCCAGCGCAGGUCACAUCCCGCAGUUGUCAGUGCAGCACAAAUGCGGUCCAAGCACAUCGUGUCAGUACCACAUCGAUGUGUGCCGCAGCCAGCCAGACAACCGUCAUGCUGACCAGAGAAGAAGGUACUUUGACUUGAAAACGAAACCGCUGACAUUACUUUCGCAUCACAGCGCCUCAAACAUGAGAAUGUUGACGUAUUUCUGCAUUUGAAUUAUAAACUGAAGCCUGAGCACCCACAGAGUGCAGAAAUACCCAUUCAACAUGUCUCCCUCUGAUUGGGUAAUCUCACUUGCAUAUAUGCACAGCUGGUCAGGCUGACGAUGCACACGCAGUAAUAUAAAUUCUGGUUUUGUUAGUGUCAGUCCAUUUUUUUCUGAAAGCCAGGAUUAUGAGCUAUGAAGACAUCCUAAAAUUAGUUCCUUUUCUCUUUAUUAGCUUAUUUCACAGUAGCCUGUGAGGUAUGUGGACGUUCCAGACUGAACAGAAUACUUCAACGUCACUUUAUUUUAAGAGACCGUUCGCAGGAAUAAAGCUGGUCUUUACUCUCGCAGAAUGGUUCGAUGUGCAGAAAUAAAAUGCCAAACCUCACCAGACGCUUCAGUGUGUUUUGGGAGAUGAAUGGAGGUAGCAUAUGGGACUAAAGGUCAUGACUUCUCUUCAGGUUUCAGUAUGAGAGACAGUAGAGUAGCUUUUCCACCCUCCAGCGCUUGUUUGCUGUGUGCCCCGCAGCACAAGCUUCAGUUCCCCUGUAAAUCUUACAAAACACUGUUAGAAGGGAGACCUUGACAUUUCAGUAUUUACUUUAAUUCUGGUCAUUUUUCACUCACUGGACAGUCUUUCAUGAGGAUUAUUUUCUGUUCUCUUCAGACUAAAAAUGUCAAGGUGUCUCUGAAAGUCCAUCAAAGCCCUCUUCUCAUCAUUGCCAAUUGAAAUCAGCUGAGCUGGAUAUGAAGUUGCUCGAGAAGCAACGGACCAGUUCAACCAACCACGUUAUUUCUAGUUCAGACCAGUUUCAAAUGGAUGUUUUCCUUUGAUGUCCAUUUGUAUGAUUCGGCCUGUUAUUAACAGGCCGCCUUCCCUGACAUGGAUUUUCUAUUUUUGUUUUCAGAAUGAAUUUGAUCCAUGAAGCGGGGAAACCUGUUGGAUGUUAGAGCAGGUGAAAUCAGUAAAGUAAUGAACGCUGUCUCACUGUGUGAUCAGAUGGCUCGUUGUAGUCUUGCAGCUUUUACCUGAAGCCUUUUGUAAUCUGUUAACUCUGAAAACCAGCUCUCGGGUGGGUCUGGGAGACCUCAACCAGGCUGCUCUCAGAUAAAGCACAGAAUGUAUCAUGUUCUAAAUGUCUAGGGUAAUUAUUUUUUUCUUUUGCCAAAUCUUAUUUUCUGUCUGCCAUAUUCUGCCUACGCUCAUGUUUACAGAAGGUUGUACAAAUUAAUUUGUAAUUUGUUUUUUUUCUUAACCCAGUUUGAAUUCCUUUGACUCCGGAGUUAUGAAGACUGGACUGCUGUUCUUGAAUUAACGUCUCAGCUCUCAUUGGCUCUGCACCACUCACAUGACUAUUUCUGCUCACCUUUAACCAAUAGGAAACUGAAAUCAUAGUGACAACAAGAGCAGUAUUUUAAACCUCAUACAGCAUGUAAAUUGUCAUAUCCAACAUCCCAGUACUUGGUUACAGUGUAGUGUCGUUAGCAGUGAAACACAGGCUUCAUGCAGAGCAGAGAUGGUCAUGGUGGACUGAAAGGGCAACAUCAGUGUUUUUGACCUUUAGUUUGUCCAUUGUGACUUGAAGAGUGACGAGAAAGGUGGAAAUAAAACAAAAGUUUGAUUCACGUUGUUUUUUUUAAAUUAAAUAAAAUGUGUGCACUCAUAUUUUUCGCAAGGCACUUUGGAGAAAAGGCAUCCUGCAAAUGUCAAAGGAACGGUGCGACAUUUUGGCCGAGAGCGAGAUGAGAAGUUUGAUACCAAACACGCCUGGACGCUAAAUAAAGUAAAGAAGCUAAUGCCAGCAGCCGCUUAGCUUAGCUUAGCUUAGCACAGAUUGUGUUACCUGUGGACAGAACCAGACAAGCCGCCUCCAGGCUGUAUGCAGAUAUUUACUGUAGAGCUGGAAAUUAUGAAUUAUGGUGCUGAUUCAAAUCUUCUUUUGCAGUUCAUGUCAGAGAUUAAGUCACUUUGGUUCAGUUUUUUCUAAUCUAAGUAAUUUCACCACUGUUUAAAUGCACUUAAGCACAAACAUCAGAUGUCUUGACCAUGUGUGUGAAACCUUCAUGAUCAUAUUUGAAUCAAAUUAGUUUAGUAAACAAUGAUUACUUUAUGAGCAACAAACAACUCCCACACUUUUAACCUGCGAUGGUCUAGGUCUUAUGGGAAAUAAUGUACAAUAAAGGCCACUAAAAACAGAAAAAACAGUGGUAUCAUAUUAUUGUUAAAAUGGCAUCAAUCUUCUCAUCGAACUCAGCAAGAGAGCAAAUCAACAGAUUUCCCUGAAUGUCGAAAUACUCGUUUAAUGUUACGAAUGGUAAGCUGCACAUAAUGACUGCUGGUACAGGUGACUGGAACCUCGUCAAAAACAGUGGUGUUGUCCUCUCCAGGUCCCCUCGUUUAAACUGGUGUCCUCGCUGUCGUAUUAAAUCUGUACUUCCUCUAACUGUGUGUAAAUGUUAAUUAAGGGUUUUCCAAGAGCAUUUCAAGGGAUCCACACUGAGUGUACAAUGCAAACUGUACCAGGGCUCCUGGCUUAAUUGGACAGUGUACAAAUGAAUUGUGUCGAGGCUGCAAACAGCCUUUAUCUGACUGAUGUAACUGAUAAGAAUAUAAAAAGUUAAAUACAAAAAAAAAAAAAACUCAAGGAUUCAGUCCUGUUUUAUGGACUGAGACAUCACUCUUCAGACUUGGUGCAGCCAGUGAAUUGCAAAUUGAAGCCCAAGUGUAACUGGGAAACACUGCAGUCAUUACAAUGAGGAAUUAAUUUGUCAUCUGUGACAGUCGCUAUAAUGACUUCCUCUUUUUUUUUCCCUUUGAGAGGAGGAAUUUGUAUACAAAUGAUUGAAAUGUACAGUGAAGAAAACAAAAACCACUGAGUUUUUAAAAGACGUCUAUUGUAAAGGAUAAUGUGAUGUACAUUUUUUAAUUUAAGUAAAUGAAUUUAAGGUA